AUGAAUUCUGAAUAUAUAGUAAAGUUUAAAAUUAAUACUGGACUUUUCCAAUCCUUAACUAGGAUAUCCAUAACCUUACUUUUACUACUACUUGUACUCUUAGCUUGUAAAAUUAAUGGUAAGUACAUCCAAUCAUAUGAGUACAGCAACAUUUUGACAAAAAUUAACAAUGAAAAUAUAUCUGAUAAUUUAAGUGGAUUUGGAUAUACAUUGAACAAGUGGAUUUUUGAAACUAUAACAAAUAUGAAUAAAGUAGAUGAGCGAAAAAAAUACCAGAAUAUAUUUAAUAUUAUUAGUGAAUAUAAAGAUUGGAAUACCAAUGUAGAUAGAAGCCAAAUACUAGAUAUUAUAUCGAUAUAUGCAAAUAGUACAGAAGACAAUUCUUUUGGGGGUAAAGAAUGUAAUGUUAUUUUGGAUUUAGCAAAAAAGGACUUAGCAUCAUCACUUAAAUUAGAUUACAACCAGUUUGAGAUUUAUGAAGCUAACAAAAUUUCUGAACUUUCCAAUAUAUUAAACAGUAGUCAUUCUAAUGUUUUUAUAAAGGAAAAAGUCCAGGAAAAAAGAAGUAAAUACAGUAAUCAUACAAGAAGACUGCAGCUACUUAAUACAGGGGGAACAUAUCCAGUAAAUAAUCAACUUUCUCACUCAAAUUUAUUGAAUAACAUGGGAACAAUGUACCCAAAUACUGGUGUUUCGAUUAAUGGAAUAGGUAGUUUUCUUAGUACAGCUCACCCAGCAUUACGACUAGUUGUGAGUACAGUACUUAUGGUACUUGGAGGUACACCUCAUGGUGCUGUAGCUGUUCUCGUAAUAGUUACUGUUUAUUCAAUUAUAGAAAUUGCAACUAAAUUUAUUCAGAACAAGGCAAAAAAUCAAAAUCUUGCUGGUACAAUAGGUAAUAUGGCAUCCAUUAUGAAAACAAAUCAGUCCGCCGGAGUAGCUAAUAUAAAUACAGAAAGUAGAUCUGUCAAUGGAACUCAAAACAAUUUCCAAGAUAAUACUAGAAACAUUUUUCAAAAACAGUUCAGACAAUUAAAUAUAGAGGCAAUGAAUAAAAUCCCUAGGAUGUUAAUUGAGCAGAUAUAUAGGAACCUUCAAGUAGAUGAAAUAUAUGAACUUCAAAUGGAGCUACUAGUUGAUACUCUGGAGUCUGCAAUGCAGGAUUAUAUGUGCACUGGCUGUCAACCAUACAAGCUAUAUAGUGAAGAAAGCAAAUCAUUAGAGUUACUCCCUAAAUUAACUGAACUAGCAAUAGUAGAACUACUAUACUCAGCUGAGAGUCCUCGCCGACUUUCACAGAGUAAAGACUUACUAAAUUCAAAAUUAAUGAAAUACAAACUUUAUCAGAAGCUUCAUAGUGGAGAUCUCUUGUCGAUAUCUAAAAGUAUAAAAGAACAGUUGCUAUCUAAUCCUUUGCCUAAUUGGUAUAGAAAACUUUGUCUAACUGCAGCUUCCACUCAGAAAAAUGAUAUAAAUAUAGAGACACCUGGAAUGCAAUGGCCACAUUUUAUUGUACUUCGAAGCACUUCUAAAGUGCAAAGCGAUGAUAAAAAUGAUAGCUGGCUGCCAGUAGUUUUAAAUAAUUCGCAAGGUUAUGAAGUUAUUAACACUGAAUUAGAGCAUGACACACACUUAACUGAACAAAGCAAGAUAUAUACAAGAAAGACUCACCCAAAUAGACUCGAUAUACCAAGCCAGCCUACUCCAAACAAUAUAAAUGAGUUUUUUUACUCUUUACAUAACAUAUCUGAUAUAAACUAUGGACUCAAUGGUACUCUGUUGAAUUAUGAGCCUUCAAGAAUAAACCAAAAUGGGCAAAAUGAAUCUAAGGUCAAUACUGAGAGUACAAAGUGGUAUGACGGUAUGAUAAAAUAUUCUAUUCAGAAUUAUAGACAAAAAGGAGUUCGUGGUGUAAUAACAAUGAUUCUUGAUAUAUUUACAGCUAUAUUUAGUGCAACCCCCAUUGGAUUCCUCAUUGUAACUCUAGUUAGAUUAAUUGCGUUUAUGACCGACAAAUUGAUUCUUUUGGCCAGACGCAGAUCAAACCAAGAGCAGUUGAUAAGAUUACUUUUAGAAAUCCCUCAUAUACUUGAUGAUAAGAUAAAGUUAAACCUUACUUUUAAUGAAACAAACCAAAUCAUAGAUGAAUGUAAGAGUAUUGAAGGUAUUAUUAUUAGAACUUUUAGAAAAGUUGUGAUGGAUCUAUAUGUAUUCUCUUAUGAAGAAAUCCCAUCUGCCAAAGUUCUAAAUGCUGCUGAAUAUGGAAUGGCUAGAAUACUUCAGGCUAGCUCAGGAACUAAGUAUAGCUCAAAUCAGUAUAAUAAUGUUGUACACAAUAAAGAAAGACCAAAGCAUAUACCAGUAUAUAAUGAAGAUGAAUGGACUAUAGUUGGAAUUAAGGAAAAACAAGAUCAACCAAUGAGUCAGGAUACAGAGGACUUAUCUGAUUUCAAUCAAAAAGCCAUACAAACUUCAGUAAAGGAGGACUCAGGAGCGAAAGUAUCUGGCAAUAGUUAUACAAAUAAAAGUGAAUCAAUUGCUUCAAAGGCUAAGCAUGCUUUUCAAGGAAUGGUUAGUGGACUAAAGAAUUUCUUAUUGCAGCUUUUUAAAAGCAUUCUCGGUGGUGCGACUGAGAUAUGGCAUUAUGUGAAAGGUCUCAUACUACGAAUAAUUGAAUUUGUAAAGGAACUUUGGAAAGCCAUUAGAUCUAAAGAUGUACAGAGGCAGUUAAUAGAGACUCUACAGGAUUCCCCACAGCAUUCAGUUGUGCAUUCUGUCCUAUUAAAAGAUAUAUAUGAUCGUUUGUUACAAACAAAUCCAUAA